AUGGCUAGCUCGGCCCAAAUUAUUGGUGGACGUGCGAAAUUAAACGAUGGAAAUGAAAUACCAAUGAUUGGUCUAGGUAUCUCACGCAUCAACGGUCAAGAGAGCCUCAGCAAUUCAGUUAAAGCAGCACUUGAAUCUGGCUAUAGACUCUUUGAUACAGCUGAGUUGUAUGGAAAUGAAGCUGAGCUAGGAGCCGCGUUGGAGGAGUAUCUGCCAAAAAAUGGUCUGAAGCGAGAAGAUAUUUUCAUAACAACAAAAGUACAAACAAAAGAUGGAGACGCCACCAAAUGGGCAGAAGAAAGUAUCAUGGGAUCGCUGAAAAGACUUAGGACCAAGUACCUCGACAUGGUCUUGCUUCACUUCCCCAGAGAUCGAUGGACUGGUACUGAUGAUGCGUAUGAAAUCAAUAAGAAAGGCAGAAGAGAGGUUUGGCAGAAGAUGGAGCAGUUGAAAGAUCGGGGCCUUAUAAAAUCAAUAGGAGUGUCCAAUUAUGAGGUGUAUCAUCUGGUGGAACUUCUUGAAUAUGCACACAAGCCCGCAGUAAAUCAAGUUGAGUUUCAUCCUUAUUUCACUCGGCGGACUCUUCUUCAUUUCUGUGCACAACACCGAAUAUUUGUGCAGGCGUUUUCUUCACUCUUAUGGGGGAACCAAGAAAUCUUGAAUGAACCCGUAGUUAAACAACUGGCUGAGAAGUUUGCUGUUUCACCGCAGACGAUUUUGUACGCUUUCGCCGUACGAUCUGGAGUUGGAAUAAUUCCAAAAUCCGUUACUCCUGCAAGGAUACACGACAAUCUAAAUUACAUUGUAGCGGCAACACCUCUUUCACAAGACGAAUUGAAAUCAUUGAGAGAGCUCGAUCGGAAUGCUGCAUUCUGUCCAAGAUGUUUCCCCUGGAGGUGUCUGUGA